AUGGCUAGACACUUGUUUAUGACUAGUAUUGGCAAUGCAGCUAGUCAAGUUGCUCUGAUGCAGCAUGAGGGUUCAGGGCUCAUGGUCAUGCUCGGCAUGAUUGUUAUGUCUGUUUCAAUUAUGUCUCUGAUCAUCUUUGGUUGCGCAAAUUGCGCAGACGGUAAGCCUGGUAAGAGUGGAGGUAGAAGACGAUAUUAUGGUGGCGCUGGAGGUGGUUCUGCUUGUGGUAGUGGUAGUGGCGGGGGAGGAGGUGGUGGUUGUGGUGGCGGGGGAGGAGGCGGCAGUUACGGGGCUAGUAAGCCUCGCAAGGUUGACAAGCCGCAAAAGACCAAGGAAAAGUGCCAAAAGAGCAGCAACCGUGGUGGCGUAUAUGAUGGUGGGAUGCCAGCUGCGGGUGUUUAUGCUUCUGCUUGUGGUGGUAGCAGCACUGCUGGUGGUGGUGGCUGUGCAUGUGGCGGAGGAGACGGAGGCGGAGGCGGUUGCUAA